AUGGAUCAAGACUACUUCUAUCACGAGCGGUUCUUGCUGAAAUCAGAGAUGUGGAAUUUUCUGCUCUACGUUGCGGUCACCGCGUGCACGUUAAACGUGUCUCUUCAAGGGGAACAUCAGCGCAAACUGUACAGGCACCUGAUGGCUAACUACAACCCACUAGAGAGACCCGUCUUCAAUGACUCUCACAGCCUCACCGUCCACUUCAGCUUCAGCCUCAUGCAGAUUAUGGAUGUGGAUGAAAAAAACCAGGUUUUGACAACCAACAUUUGGCUACAGCUGUACUGGAAUGAUCAUUACCUCAAGUGGAACACAUCUGACUAUCCAGGUGUGACCAAUGUGAGAUUUCCCGACCAUCUCAUUUGGAAACCAGACAUUCUUCUCUAUAACAGUGCAGAUGAGAGGUUUGAUGCCACUUUUCACACCAACAUUUUGGUCAAUUCGUCUGGCUCCUGCUCCUACUUACCACCAGGGAUCUUCAAGAGUACCUGCUACAUUGAUGUGCGCUGGUUCCCAUUUGAUGUGCAGCGAUGUGACCUGAAGUUUGGCUCCUGGACAUAUGCUGGCUGGUCUCUGGACUUGCAAAUGGUGGAGGCUGAUACUACUGGCUACACCGCUAAUGGCGAGUGGGACCUUGUGGAGGUACUAGGGAAGAGGAAUGAGCGCUUCUAUGAGUGCUGUGAGGAGCCUUAUCCAGACGUGACCUUCACAGUGGUGAUGCGUAGGCGGACCCUCUACUACGGCCUCAACCUGCUCAUCCCUUGCGUCCUCAUCUCUACCCUGGCCCUGCUGGUCUUUCUGCUUCCUGCAGACUCCGGGGAAAAGAUCUCACUGGGGAUAACAGUCCUGCUCUCCCUGACUGUAUUCAUGCUGCUAGUAGCUGAGAUUAUGCCAGCCACCUCUGACUCGGUACCUUUAAUAGCUGAGUACUUUGCCACCACAAUGGUAAUUGUUGGUCUCUCAGUAAUCGCAACAGUUCUGGUCUUACAAUACCACCACCAUGACCCCAAUGGAGGCAAAAUGCCAAAAUGGACACGGAUCAUUCUCCUCAACUGGUGUGCCUGGUUCCUGCGCAUGAAGCGCCCGGGCGAGGAGCGUGUACGUUCAGCCUGCCACAACAAGGGCCCACGGAGCAGUUUGACCAGCAUAGACCUUAAUGCUAGCACCUCGGUCUCUCAAUCCACCAAUGGCAACAUGCUCUACAUUGGCUUUCGUGGCCCCGAGAACAUGCACUACUCCACUGCUGCUACUUCCCCCGACUCAGGAGUCCUCUGUGGACGGCUUGUUGGCCGAGCGGGUGAGGAUGAGGUGCUUCUCCCCACAGGCCAGAGCUCCUCAGUUGGCACCAUUGAACCAGAAUUAUCGAAAAUACUGGAUGAGGUUCGUUACAUUGCCAAGCGAUUCCGUGACCAAGAUGAGGAGGAGUCACUGUGCAACGAGUGGAAGUUUGCUGCAUCUGUCAUUGACCGCCUUUGCCUUAUGGCAUUCUCGCUCUUCACCAUCCUCUGCACCAUUGGAAUCCUUAUGUCUGCGCCUAACUUUGUAGAGGCCAUUUCCAAAGACUUCUUUGCUUAAGAAAUCUCAGUAGGCAUUUGCUGAUA